GCCCUGUUAGCCUUCAGAUGAAACUGUGUUUGGUCAGUCAUUCUGACGAAGAGUUCACUUCUACAGGUUAGUGCUGAGAACAGGAGAAAACAAAAGCAGCAGAAUUUAACAUUUGGCUUUUUAUAGCUUCACGCUCAAAGCUAAACGCAUUAAAAUUCAGAUGCAGGCUUGAAAAAAAAUCAUCUUUCAGAAUUUUUUUUUAUCUGCUUGCAGGUGCCUUUGGGAGGAUUGUUUGAAGUCAAUCACUUGGGGAGCUGUCUUGAAAGCGCUCAGAUCGAGCUUUAAGAGAGACACAAUGUACGGGCUGCUGUGUGAGAGUCUGCACGACUUCAUUAAGGAGUCGUAUGGUGAUGAUGUCUGGAAGCUGGUCAGAGAAAGAGCAGAUGUCAGGUUACACUCCUUUGUCACCCACCAGGUACCGUGUCUGUAAGAUGAUUCCGCAUAACAAUACUUUCACUGCCUGCCUAUGUAUUUAUCACACUGCCUACUUUUCUCUGAGGCGCCCUACUCCUAAUGUGAAAACAUCUUUUUUUCUUCUUUCUCUGAUAAUAACUUCUAUAUAUGUGUGUCUGCAGGUGUAUAGUGAGAGUGUGAUACCUCGCAUUGCGAAGGCUGCCAGUGGAGUGACAGGCACACCUUACAAUGAGCUGAUGAACUCCUGGGGUGUAUAUUUCCUGGGCUUUGUGGGGAAAUAUGGCUAUGACAGGAUCCUGAAGGUAAAGAUUUAAAACUCUGCUGUGAUUUCAAAGGGGUGGGGAAAUUAUCCUGCAUACUCUGUUUCUCUCAAACUACCAUUUUUGCAAGUGGCUGGUGAUUUCUUUCUCAUAAAUGAUAUGUUUUUAUUAAAGAUUGGUCAACAGCAGCAAAGUGCACAAUAUCCUGACUUAUGGUUACUGUUAUGGAUCAAGCUUGGUCCUAAAUUUUCCAGACUUGAUUACCCUUGAGCCCAAAUAAACCACAGAGAAAAUUUAACAGCAGGCUGAGUAGCUCUCUACAUUAUGGGCAUACUGACCUUUCAUCGUAAAUCAUUCAAAAGUUCCUGUUAUGGGCACUAAAAUAAAAAAGUUAGAAAUACUGGAGACAUUAUCUGUCACACUUUUCACUCUUCCUUCAUCAGGUUUUGGGCCGCCAUGUUCGUGACUUUGUCAACGGCCUCGAUAAUCUGCAUGAGUACCUUCGCUUCAGCUACCCCAAGGUGCAACCUCCAACCUUCUUCUGCCAGGAGGAGUCUGCCACCGGAGUCACCCUGCACUACAGGUCUGAAGGAUGAGAGUAGAGAGUGAUAGAUGAAUGGGCAUCAGAGAUAAAAGUAGGAGCUGACAGGCUGAAAGCUGUGUGAUUACAUCCUUUAGACUGACGUUGAUCUUUUAUCUGUUUGUGUGUAUGUGCGACCCGCAGGAGUAAGCGCAAAGGCUACCUGCACUACGCCAUGGGUCAACUCCGGCAGAUGGGGAAACAGUUUUAUGAUACUGACAUUCAUGUGGAGGUGCUGUCUGAGCAAAUGGUCGGAGACUACUCCCAUGUCACCAUGCGGUACACACACACACACACACACACACACACACACACACACACACACACACACACACACAUACACACACACACACACACACACAAUGAAGGAAGUGUAUUUACUUUGGUUCUGUUGAUAAAUACAUUUUUUAGUUAAUUUUAAGCUUUUUUCCUCUCUAUUUUAAGAGGGAAGCGAUGUAGUUCCCCAAACCAAUGGUUACAAACCCUAUUACGCUUCUCAUCCAUCUCAAUUGCCACUACUUAGCUCCUAUGUGCUGCAAGUGUUAGUUAAUUGUGAAUUUCAAGCAAAGUAAUAUUCCCCUCUUGGAAAUGCAAUGAUGAUUUUAGGCCUAUAUGAAAAUUGUUGAUCUGUUUGUUUGUGUAGACUGAACUUUGACAACUCAGCCUACCGCUACAUCAUGAAGGAGGAUGAGGAAGAGCAAGAGAUUCUGCCCAUCACCUCAGACUUCUUCUUUGAGGUCUUCCCCUUCAACAUCGUCUUCAGACAGGUAAUCUGUUUAGUUACGUUUCUAAAUAGACAGAUGAAGAAUUGAGGUUUGUACAGCAGCUGUAAUUCUUUAAAUCUUUAGGACAUGGUGGUGCACAAUGUUGGCUCAGGCCUGGCUACAGUCUUCCCUGAUCUGGAUGGGAAGAAAAUCAAUGAUGCCUUCCUGCUAGCUCGCCCCCUAGUGGAGUUCACAUGGAACAUGGUAAGACCAUUAUCUACCUGUCCAGAGCCAGGUCAACUUAGGCCAUAUACAUCAGCUAAUAUUCUGUGUAAAAUAACCAACCUUGUGCAGGAUAAUGACAACUGAGUGAUCUAUUUCUAGAUCAUUUCCCACCCCAAUAACCUGUUUGAGAUCAUGUCCAAGGAGCCUGUGAAGAGAGAGAGGAACCUUCACAAUCGAGUCCAGAGUAAGAGUGGGAGCCAUGCAAACGCUCGCAGGGGUGUGUUUCUGGUGUGCAAAGACUUGCUGGCUAGUGGUCAGAUCUACAGUAUGUCACUGUAGUCAGUUGGAAAAAACACACUUCAAAUUUUUAUUGCAACGAAGAGCAGGCAUGCCAUAGCAUUAAAUUUGUUCCUAUGUGUAAGCUCAACUUUAAUCCUUGAAUAUUUUGCUAAAGCUUGAAGUUGCAGAAAUUGAAGAAUUUUGUGAUGCAUGGAAUUGAUCCAUAUCCUUGUGUAAUGAGAACGUGUCUCUGAUUGUUUUCCCUUUCUUUCCACAGAUUCUGACUAUGAAAAUGCUAAUCGCUCUGCAGAUGUAGACGUGGAGCUUAUGGCUUUCCAGUCAAUCAUUGGAGAUGAUUACAAAGGUCCUGACCACUCUGUUUUCGAGAAAAAAGACACAUAGAAAGACCAGAGCAUACAGUAACUGAUCAAGUCUGAUUGGUAUAGAAAAAAAAAACCCAACAACUGUCAAUAUAGUUAAUCAUUUUGGGAAAUACACUUCUUUGCUUUCUUGGAUAAAGACAUUAAAUUGUUGCAAGCAUGUAAGUUACUAACAUGACUGUAUGUCUGAGUGGAGCUACAGCUGGAAAACUUAGCGAAGUAUAAAAAAAGAGGAAAAAUGUUUCUCAGAUGUGUCCAAAAGUAAAGGAAGAACACAUCUCCUACCACGUCUGCACAGCACCUUUCGACUCAGUGUUUUUAACAAGUGAUUUAUAAUUCUACCCCUUUUGCAAACUUUCAAAAAGCUACCACUGACCACUCCAGGAAGUCAAUACUUCCAUCCUAGAGAAAGAGCAAGUGAAAACAAGUGGAAAGCUCAACUAUUUAUCCACAUUUUACAGUUUGGCCUGUGCCAAUCAGCUGCAAACAGCUUCUUGUUGAAUUCAGAGCUAUGAGGGUGAUACUUAGACCCUACAACACUACGUCUUUAAAAAACAUAACUGCUACACUAUGGUAAUGCGAUUUACACAGGACUGAUAAUUUAACCCAUAAUGCUUGUAUGAAUGUUUGUCUUGCUGAUGUUGCAUCCUACUCCUCUGUUAGACGGUAACAGCGCUAAUGCCAUGGAGAGCUGGGGUGAUGGGAGCCGCUGUCUGAAACUAAAAGGACAGAUGAGAUACAUGCCAGAGUGGGAAUCCAUCAUCUUUCUGGGAACCCCUGUGUAAGACCCACAUACACUCAAGCUAAUAGAAAAGCCUAAUAUCUUUAUUGAAAAGCUGCAGCAGAAAAGUUUAACAUUCGACAAAGCAGUGAGAGCUAAACUGAAUUACAAGGCUGAAAAUAAAAGGCUGGGCAGGGAAUCAAAUCAGGGCCCCAUUCUAACAGCACUUACCAUGCAUGAAAUGAGCUGCUAAUUAGCUUGUAAUCAGACAGUGCAGCUCUUGUGAGCCUAAUGAGAACCCAUUUGCAACUGAGAGUGUUUUCCGCUGACUACAUUACCAAAACAUCUCCCUCCUCUUCUGACACAUUUUGUUUUGCAAGUAAAUGCUCUUAUGCCUGUAUUGACAAAACAGCUGAAUGUUAACUGCCAUAUAACGCUACUUAAAUAAAUUAUUCUUUAGAAAAUAUUGCCCCAAAUUGCAGCCUUUCAUUUCCUCGUUUUUAAAGAAAAAGCUUUUUCUUUUCCUUAAAAGAUUCAGUAAUUGAUUAAGCGAAUAUUAUUGUUGUUGUCAUUUGAGUCAUUUGAGUUUUAAUGGACCUAUUUUUACGUGUGUGUGUCUCUAGGAUGGAGAGUCUGAGUGCUAUGUUUAAGACCGGCUUGUACAUCAAUGACCUGAGCAUGCAUGACUCCAGCAGAGACCUGGUAUUGGCAGGCACCCAGCAGUCAGAGGAGCUGAAGAGAGCCCUCAUACAGGUUGACUGCGACUAUUGCAGCUUUUUUUUGUUUGUGUGAUCAGCUCACCUACUGUUCCGCAUUAUUUAAAGUUGCUCUGAUGCCUGUCUUGCAACCCAAGAUCAUCUACCCCCUGCAGAUGUGUGAUGUUAGAAGUAGAUCCAAACUUCAAGCGUUGUUCUUUCUUUGUUCUUCCCUUUUGUGAGUUCAGGAGCAAAAGAAGUCUAGCAAACUGGAGGAGAGCAUGAAGAUGUUGGACUAUGAGAUGAAGAAGACUGAUGAUCUUCUGUACAGGAUGAUUCCCAAGCCAGUGGCUAAGAGGCUGCGCAAAGGAGAGCCAGCUGUUAACACUUGUGAGGUCAGGAUUGAAAAUACUGCAAUUUGCCAAAGUGAUUCAACACCUCGGCUGCCAAGAUUGACUACGUUAACAUUUGCUGGCCCAUGAAAGAAGAAACUUUCACAACUUAACAUUUAAAGAUGAACAGAUAAUCAGAUAUAGAGUACUUUAGGCUCCAUGCUCGUCUGCAUGGUUUACAAAUCAACAGCAGCUAAACAAAUACACACUCAUACAAAUCUUCACAAGACUAUCUGAACCUCCUUAAAUUUUCAGUUUCUUUGACAGUUGCCUCUUGGUGAUGCACACCAGCCUUGACACAAAACAUGAGUCAUAAAUGCCCACCUUGCUCACCUGUGUGUGUUUGUGGAGCACACCAACCUUCGUACUCACUUAUUCUUGUCUCUUUUUCCCCAGGUGUUCCCAGAUGUGACAAUUCUUUUCAGCGAUGUGGUGGGAUUCACUCGCAUCUGCAGCCACAUCACUCCAAUGCAGGUGGUCUCCAUGCUCAACACCAUGUACACGCUGUUUGAUACGCUCAGUGAGAAGCACCGCGUCUUCAAGGUGUGUGUUUAUUGCCCAGAUGUUCAAUAUAUUUUCCUCAGUGUAGCUCCUCUAAGGCUGCUGUAUGUAUCUUAUCUUUAAAAAACAAGGUUGAGACUAUUGGAGAUGCCUAUAUGGUGGUGGCAGGUGCCCCGGAGAAGACUAAAUACCACGCCCAUAAUAUCUGUGACAUGGCUCUGGACAUGGUGCGCUCCAUAGAUCACCUGAAAGACCCCUCCAAUGGCAAUAACAUACAGAUUCGUGUUGGUAGGUAAAACAUGUUUGGUACUAUUAUUGUGUUUAUGUUGAUGUUUGACUGGCUGUUGUUACUUAUUUUGGUUGCAGGGAUCCACUCAGGGAUGGUCGUGGCAGGCGUGGUGGGACAUAAGAUGCCACGUUACGGCCUGCAUGGUGACACUGUUCACACUGCUUCUGCCAUGGAGAGCAAUGGAAAGGUUCGUGUGUAACAGAUGUUAGUAAGCAAUAAGGCUGAAAGGAAAUGACAGGAGGGACCAUUUUCUGUGAUUUACUUUCUUUCUUUCUUCAUCCCACUCAGGAAAUGCACAUUCAGCUCAGCAGCGCCACCUACGAGCACCUCAAAGGCAGUCACUUCAUUUUUGAAAGGAGAGGCAUCAUUACCAUCAAGGUGAAGAGUCACAGCUGUUACCACAGCAACUACAUCCACAAUAACUGCAUUGACUCAUCAUCCUAAAGACCUGUAAUUAGUAUGUGUUGCUUUAAAGCAUGAGUUUCACAACAGCCGUGACGCUGGUUUUAUAAAUGCAGCACCAUCGUAAUCUACCUGAGACCUUACAUUCGAGUGGAGGCUUGAAAUGAGAUCGAAUAAACACUUCUGAAUCUGAACAUUUUAAACAACAGAGGCUCAAAAUGUCUCAGCUCUGGGAAUCAGAACAUUUAGUAUUCAGAGUGGGUAGUCCACUUGUUGAUUUGCCAGCUCAUUUUAUCACUAGGUUUGACUUUGAGGGAGAACAUUCACUGAUGAUGACAGCACAGCGACUACCAAAGAUUUCUGAGGCAGCUGAUAUGAGUGACAAUCUCAACAAAGCAAGGCUGACUAACUUCAUGAGGGAUUUUGAUUCCACAGAUAAUCUACCACCUGCCAAUUUAUUCCCCAUUGUAACCAAGUUUAUUUAUUUGAUUGUAUGUUUUAUUUGCUGCCCUGGUUUCUCCCUCCUUCCACAUACAGGGGAAUGUUGAAAUUGAGACAUACUGGCUGAAAGGAAAGAGGGACAAAGAUGGCAAUGCUCAAGCAGCAUGUCCUCAGUUUGAGACCCAGACUAUCAGCAAGGCCAUUAGCAAAGCCACCAUCUCAGCUCCUGAGGAGACAGGUGAUGAGGAAGGACUGGUAAGGAAAGGAUUGACAGACAUUGCUCGAAUGGUUUACACACUCAUUUUGCUUCAUUUCCAUCGUCAUCACCAUCUUUGAUUUCCUCACUCCCUUUCUACCUUUGCCCCGAGGUUUUUCCACUUGUGGCUGGCGAGGAUGAGGAUGAUGUCAAGUCUAUUCGCUCACAUCGUAUAAAAAUGGAGAUAUCAGGCCAUUCUCUGGAGGAGUCCAUGGAGGAGAGCCGUGUGGAGGAGAUGUCAGUACAUAAGGUGAGAGAGAAAAUUGAACGCAAGUAUAUUUUACAUGUUUUACUCCUACACUUUUAAUGGCACAGAUUUAAAUUCUUUUAAUUUUCACAAUCCCUUUGACUCCUCUGAGGGUUAUUUUUGACUACUAGUGCUUCAUUUUUCUUUUUGUCAUGUAACCAGCAUUUAUUAAUGUGCUGUCCCCCCCAGUCCCACUUUAAGGAUGCUUUGCAGGAUGGCCUCCAGGACCCUCACUUGGAAAUGGACUCACCUGAAUCUGAUGGCAGAGACUCCAUCAUGGAGUCCCGAAGCAGCUCCUGUGACUCCCACUCCUCCAAGAGUGCCAUGUGCACCCUGUCAUAAGCUAAGUUAUGCUACUGCUGGUAAUAAAUGAUUGUUUCUAAAGCACUAAAUUUUAGGGCAAAUACCAAAUAAGAAUGGAGGAUUAUUUUUGCCAUUAUAAGAAUCUAACAAUGCUUUGUUGUAUAUUAACCAGACAGUAUUGCUUCCUGUGACCUGUAAUGGAGUUUUAGUAGCAUUAAAACCAGAUAUCAGAAGAAAGGCUAAUCAAGACUGAUUAUUUAUUAGUGGAAGAUUCAAGGGAUGAUGUAGAAAGAUUUGAAUCAGUAUUCUAGUGAGUUUUAAACAAGCUACACCAUAGUAUAAGUUAACUUUAAAAAGUUACCUGAAGUGUGUUUACCUCCAAUGUCAUGUUGUGCCAACUUAAUUUGUAUUGUAAGGAAUAGAAGCACUAUUUUUUUUGAUGUUUCAGAUGACAGCAGCGUUUAGCAGCCCACUGCUACAUUAUGUUUAAUUGCUGCUUUUUAAUUCCAGAGGCACUGUGGUCUGUGCCUACUGAUAAUUUUUCCACUGAAUAUCAAUUUUUUUAUUCAGGUUGUAGACUAAUUGUCAUUGGCAAAUUCAUCAGGCAAUACCAAGCUAGUGUUUUAAUGCACUGCCAAACCAUUAGUGCUUAUUUAACCAUGACAAUAUAUAAGUCAAUCAAAGCUAUUGCUUCUAAUUUUACACUUUAACGAGUUUGAAAAUUUGCAUCAGAGCUUUAUCUAACCCAUGGGAGAUCACACACUCAACAACACUCACAAUCUGUCACCAUAAACAGGUUCAGUCAAUGUUUUGGUGUUCAUCCAUCAUGUAAGAGCUUUUAAAAUAAGACAAAUGUCAUCUGUGUUUGAUUCAGCUGGACACAAGCUCAGUUCAUUCCUGCACUGUUUUAUUCUGCUGGGUCUUGUAAAUUUGACAUCUUGUUUCAUCCCCUGAGAAGAAUCACUCUGAUUCCUCUACCCUGCUCCCCCUGCCUCUCUCCCUACUCUCCCUUCAUCUUGCAUGUCUGAAUUCAUUGUUCUAUAUCAGUCCUGUCAAAUACACAGCCAAGGCACGAUGUAAAUGCUUGUCAGCUCAGUGAAAAUAAAACAAGAUGACUGCUGA